AUGUCCUCGGAUUCAAAACAUCCUCGAAAAACCCUCGAAUUCCUUGAAGAUGGCAGACCCCGGUUCCACGGCUGCUCAAGAAUCACAGAAUAUGAAUACCUGGGCAAACUCGGCGAGGGAACUUUUGGCGAAGUCUCCAAAGCCAAGUCCAAGAGGACAGGUCAGAUUGUGGCCCUGAAAAAGAUCUUGAUGCACAACGAGAAGGAUGGCUUCCCCAUAACCGCACUGCGGGAGAUCAAGUUGCUGAAGCAACUCGACCACAUCAAUGUCCUCAAGCUGGCAGAGAUGGCCGUCGAGCGACCGAAGAAUGCGAGCAAGAGAACGAGCAUGUUCAUGGUGACCCCGUACAUGGACCACGAUCUUUCCGGCCUCCUGGAAAACCCCGACGUCACUUUCACCACGGCACAGAUCAAGUGUUAUAUGAAGCAGCUCCUCGAAGGCUGCGCAUAUCUCCACGAGAACAAAAUCCUACACCGAGACAUGAAGACCGCCAACUUGCUCAUCAACAAUCGAGGAAUUCUGCAGAUUGCGGAUUUCGGGCUGGCGCGUCCUUACGACGAUGAGCCUCCCAGACCGGGCCAAGGAGGCGGCGAAGCUACCAGAGAAUACACUACUUUGGUUGUGACACGAUGGUAUCGCCCACCAGAACUGCUCCUCCAGUUGCGCAAGUAUACCACUGCGAUCGACAUGUGGGGAGUGGGUUGUGUCUUUGGCGAGAUGUUCAAGCACAAGCCCAUUUUGACCGGAGACAGUGACCUGAACCAGGCCAGAUUGAUCUUUGAGCUGCUGGGAUCCCCUACCGAAGAGAAUAUGCCUGGCUGGCGAGAGCUUCCUGGCGCCGAGGCUAUCCUGGAUUUCGACCAAAUGCCUUCCACGCUCAAUCGACAAUUCCGCGACCUCGAGCCCCUGGCGCUCUCACUGUUGAGUGAGUUAUUGAAGCUGGACUGGCGCAAAAGAAUCAACGCCAUGGACGCCCUCAAACAUCCUUAUUUUCAUUCUCCGCCCUACCCAGCGAGACCUGAAGAUUUGCCUUCUUUUGAAGAGUCGCACGAACUGGAUAGAAAGAAGUUCAGAGAUCAGAAAACCAAACGACCGCCCGCCCCAGCUGGUGGCUCUGUAGGGAUCGGCCCACAGGGAGAAUGGGGCAUCAGUGGGAGGCCGCUUCCACCAUACGAAGGGAUGCGUGGCAGCGGGCCCCCUCCAAGUGCUCGAGUACCUGGUGGCAGACCACCAUACGCAAACGGCCACAACAACCAACACUUUAACAGACGGCCAUUAGGUCCGCCUCCCCAGAAUGGCGCGUAUGGGGACGGAGGUGACUAUCGAGGUGCAAAUCCUUACCCGCCUCAUCGAGACAUGCCACCGUACGGCCAAGGUCACCGUCCGCCUUAUGAUGACUCCUACCCGCGACGACCUCCUGGCGAUCCUCCACCGCCACCGCGACUACCACCUGGCGAAGUCGAUUCGUAUCGAUAUGGUCCGCCAGAUGUUCCACCUUUUCGUGACGAUGGACGUGGUCCACCACCACCAAGAUCUCGGGCACCCCCCACAGCUGGUGGCGGCGCUGGCGCUCCUGCCAGUGGUGGCAACCGUGACACAUAUAUCCCUCCAUACUCCAGUGCCGAUCCUCAUGCGGCUCCGCCGAAGCAUCGACGCAGGGACGAUCGGCCAGCGUACAGGGAUGGACCCCCUGACUAUGGCGAACCAUUACGCUAUGAUGACACUGGUGGGAGAGAAGUACCAGACAGGGAUCGUGACCGAGAACGAAGGCCACGGAGUCGGAGUCCAGUACGGGACUGGGAACGAGAUAGGGACGGGCACCGAGAUAGGAGAGAUAGAGACCGCGAUAUGGGAAGAGACUACAGAGAGCGGGACAGAGACAGAGGUGGUUAUGGUGGACAAGAUCCUUAUCGCCGAUAG